CUUUGGUGGGGCAACUCAAUUGGAAGAGCGCGUUGCAGCUGGGGCCUGCAGUGUAGCUUGCCAUUCCAUGCACGUACCGUUCCAGGAAAUUCCCCCAAGACCAUCAACAGUCGCUACUGUAAUCCAUACAAACUGCGAACCGUCUUGGUGCGUCCAAGCAACUCGGUCGCCUUGCCCCUCCCCUCCGACUCCAGAGACCACAGAAAAAACAUGUCAAAACGCCAGGCUUCAGAGGCCCUCGACGACGUGUCGGCAGAUUCGCCCGCGUCCAAAAAGUCGAGGUUCGACGAUUACACCAUGGACGUGAUCCCGGCCAGCGCAGAGGAUGGCGACGACGAGCAGACGAGGCCAGCGCAUGAGAACGGGGUCGUAAAGCAAGACGGAAAUGGCGAUGCCGACGAAUUUUCGGAGGAGGAAGAAGAGGAGGAGGUAGAAGAGAAGGCACCGAUCAGGCAAUCCGCGCCGACGGCAGGCUACGACGACCUCUAUCUGGACACCAUCGACCGCAACGUUCUCGACUUUGAUUUCGAAAAGCUGUGCUCCGUCACUCUCUCAAAUAUCAACGUCUACGCAUGUCUAGUUUGUGGAAAAUACUACCAAGGCCGAGGACCGAAAUCCCACGCUUACUUCCACGCGCUCGACGAGGACCACCACGUCUUCAUCAACAUGAGCACACAAAAGGUCUACGUGCUGCCGGAAGGGUACGAGGUCAAGAGCAAGUCGCUCGACGACAUCAAGUACGUGUCGGAUCCGCGGUACACGCGGCAGGAGGUGGCCGAGUUCGACCGCAAGCCGCGCACGUCCCUGACCCUCGCGGGCAAGGAGUACACGCCCGGCUUCGUGGGCAUGAACAACAUCAAGGAGAACGACUACCUGAACGUGGUGGUGCAGGCGCUCUCCCACGUGGCGCCCCUGCGCAACUUCUUCCUCCUCGAGGACUUCAGCUCCGCCCCCGAGCUGGUCAAGCGCACGUCCAUCCUCUUCCGCAAGAUCUGGAACCCGCGCGCCUUCAAGGCGCACGUGUCGCCCCACGAGCUCCUCCAGGAGGUCUCGCUCCGGUCAAACAAGCGCUUCACCCUCACCGCGCAGUCGGACCCCGUCGACUUCCUCUCCUGGUUCCUCAACAACCUCCACCUCGGCCUCGGCGGCAGCAAGACCAAGCCCGGCUCCUCGCCGAUCCAGCGCAUCUUCCAGGGCAAGCUCAAGGUCGAGUCGCAGGCCAUCACGGCGCGCACCGACACGCACGACGACCGGCUCCGCUUCGAGGAGGCGUCCGAGAUCAAGACGGACAUCGCCCGCUUCCUCCUCCUGACCCUCGACCUGCCGCCCGCCCCGCUCUUCCAGGACGAGGAGCAGCGCAACAUCAUCCCCCAGGUGCCGCUGACCACCAUCCUGGCCAAGUACAACGGCGUCACCAGCCAGGAGCUCAACGCCCAGCGCAAGCGCUACCGCCUCGUGCACCCGCUCCCGCCCUUCCUCAUCCUGCACGUCAAGCGCUUCAGCAGGAACCGGUUCGUCUCGGAGCGCAACCCGACCAUCGUCACCUUCGACCCCCACAACCUCGACGUCUCGCCCUACGUCGAGCCCGACCCGGCCUACCACCCGCCCGGCGAGCCCAUCUGGUACGACCUCGUCGCCAACGUGGUGCACGAGGCGGUGCGCGCCAAGGAGGACGUGGCCGACAGCGCGGUCGGCGAGGAGCGCAAGACGUGGAAGGUCCAGCUGCGGGACAAGGCGACGGACGAGUGGGUCGUCGCCCAGGACCUGUUCGUGGACAAGAUCCGGAGCGAGCUGCUCUACUUGGGCGAGACGUAUCUGCAGGUGUGGGAGAGGCGGCGGGGGCCACCGCCGCAGGGGCCGGCCCCCGGGGCCAGGGCCCUCUGACAAGGAGGCUAAGGAAAGGAGUUGAGAUAUCUCUCUCCCCCCCGGUCAGGUCAGGAGCGGGGAGGGAGGACAAAUGUACGGGAAUAAUUAGAUUAUGAUACCACAAUCAAAAGCGAGCGUCGAGCAUGCCAG